AUGGCUACCUUAGCGCUCUUCAUAGCGCUCCACUUCGCGUUCGCGAGCGCUGGCAAGUGCAAUACAAGACAAGCCUGCAUUUGUGCCGAUGCAUUCGACAGCCAGACAGGUGAGGUGACGGACGUAUCUCGUAGAGGCUUCUCAGUGGUGGCUCCUGAGGUGGCAGUACCGGGGAAGACCACCGCUGUCCUCGUCACUCUUCAUGGAAGAGCUGGUGAUGGCACGUUGGACCCUCUCAACGUGACCGUCCGGCUGGAGACUCAGGAUGAAGACAAUGAUGUGAAGUUGUUGACUACGGCGAGUCAGAUGGUUACAGGUUACGGCAUUAUUCCUCUGAAGAUUCCGUCGUCGCCGGCGACGCACUGCACGCUCCACACCACAGUGGGGUGCGUAGGGAAUGACGACUGUACUUCAAAGAGCCACAGCGUCAUUCGCCUCUUGGGUCCUGUCAGGGACGUCAUCGUGCGACCGGCCAGACAUCAUUACCGACCUGGAGAGACGAUAACGUUCUGGAUUCUGGCGCUGGAUCAUGACUUGCGACUAGUAAGAGGAGAAUUGGCUUACGUGGCUCUGAGCGACCCUGCUGGCACCAAGGUCGCCAUUUGGGACCAGCUUUCUUUGGAAGAAGGAGUCAGAAAACUCAGCGCGGUGUUGGCUAAUGGCGCCCAAACUGGGACUUGGCGUAUCGAAGCGCGUUGUGGAGGUAGUUCCGCCAGGGUUGACGUCAGUGUUGGAGCUAACGCCGGCAGCUCGGCGUCAGCUGCGCCGGCAGCUGAACAGCAUUACGUGGAGCUACGGUUUGCUGACAGCAUGCGCCGGCGUUACAAGCCUGGACUGCCGUUUGUUGGAAGGGUAGAAGCAAUGAGCACCGAGAAGCGGGUUCGGGUUCGUGUGAAGCUGUAUGACGACAAAACUGACAUCUACAGCCAGGAUAUUGACAUGUCAACGGGAGAAGGAGGAUUCAUAGUUCCCACUGUACUGGCUGAUGCGCCUUAUGUCAAUUUGCAGGCGGAGCUAGUAGCAGUGGAAGGGAAAGAGAUAGAAACCCACUACGUGCUCGCUCGUGAACGGAUCCGACGAUGGAACUCCACGUCCAAAUGUUAUCUGCUCGUGGAGAAUCUACCGACACCACUACAGGCGGGUGGCAUAGCAAGCGCGAGUGUGUGGUCAUCCUGUGGCUGCAGACAGAGAUUGUUGGCCGCGGUGACCAGUGGAGGGCGCGCUGUCCACUGGGCGGCCGUGCCCGCGCCCAGUCCAGCCAACGACAGCGACCUGUGCCGGUUUAAUUAUACGUUCCCAGUCACAGCAGACAUGGCUCCAGUGAGCUCUCUUCUGGUGUACUACGUGACGGGAGCGGGCGAGCCUGUCAGCGACGUCGCCAGUUUCCACGUUCGCCUGCUGCAUAAAGAGGUGGCAGUAGCGGUAGAAGAACGUCGCUGGUGGUACCCGCGCGCAGCGUUACAACUCCGAGUGCUUGCUCCACCAGACUCUACCAUGUGCCUCAUCGGCGCCCGAGCACCUCCUGAUGCACGCUUCGACCCUCACCAACCGACAACAGAGCACGAAGAGCAACAACCGGGUCCAGAGUUCGUAUCGGCCGGAGUAUCCCUGUUCGUCGGAGGCGGCGAGUGCGGUGGCGGGGUUUUGUACCGGCAGCAGCCAGCGCCCGCCCCCCGCGCGCCUCCGCACCUCGUCCCCCCAGCGUCUCACGACCGCCUGUGGAUGUGGAAGUGCUUUAACUACACAACGCAGCUAUCAACUGACGGGGUAACCAUAGCAGCGCCUUCCGAAGCCGGGCGCUGGUCCCUCUGGGCGCUGUCUCUCUCCAACAGAGGACUUCGGUUCUCCGCUCCUCGCACCAUCAAUGUGUUCAGACCAAUACAAUUGGACUUCUCGUUGCCACCAGCUCUGAAGGUCGGAGAAACUGUGGAAGUAGAUGUGAAGAUCACGAAUAAUAUCAACAAUUGUAUGGACGUGACAGCCCUACUGGCUCUAAGCGCGGGCGCGGCGUUUGCAAGUACUGGAGCUUUGUACGUCACUGAACGACUGCGAUUGGGCCCGCGUGGAGGCACCCAACUUGUCGUCAGAGUCGCAGUCAAUACACCUGGACGGAAGAAUAUUACUGUGGAAGUGACUGGGUACAGCGCUGAUAACUGCUCCGUAUCCUACACGUCGUUCAACAAUGAGACCCUGGUGGGGUCGGUCAUCAGGUCUGCCAGUGUGCUGGUUCUACCUGAGGGUCUACAUAGGAGCGACACCCAGAGCGCUUACUUCUGUGCUAAUGAACAUCUAGCAGUAUCGUCCCGAGGAUCCUGGGAAUGGCAAUGGGUGGCAGCUCCCCGCAACCGAGCUGGUUUAGUGCUGGAACUGAAGUCUCAGGGAGCGGCUCACGUUGCUCUGUCAGCUAUCAGAGAACCUUCAGAUGAUAUGUACCGGGUGGUGUUUGAGAAGAGUCGCGUUUGGAUUGCUAAAGGGAAGCAUGGUUAUGAUGUUCACCUAGCCAGUGCGGAGCAGACAGAAAGCGAUGAAGAAUGUUCUGGAGCCAACUCGUGGUGUGCCUGGUGGGUCUGGUGGGAAGGUGGUAGACUAUCCGUAGGUCGAGGUGCGGCGCCGUCCGAGCGACGACUGCUCGUCUGGCCGCUCGCGCAAGACAUGAGGAUCAAAUAUGUUGGUUUCAGCGCGCUUUGGGGAGAUAAAGCUGAUUUCAGGAUCUGGAACUUCAACGAAGAAGCUGGUUUCUCCCAAGUGCUAGAACUAGGCCUACCGCACGGUGUAGUUCCGGGUUCAGCUAGCGGCACGUUAUUGGUGUCUGGAGGUCUUCAUCUUCCUCUAUACAGCCUACAGACGGACUCUAGUGAUCAAUGGGCUGAAGUCUGGAGGGAUUCACAACUUUCUGCCGCUUCUGCCAGUCUCGCUCCCCUGUUAGCUUUGGAGUUCAUUCCUCAUUUGGUCGAUGAAGCUGAAAGAGAGAAGAUUUUGAAGAAAUUACCUGAACAGGUUCAAGUACUCCUCUCUUUCCGUAAAAACGACAACUCCUUCAGCGAUCAUCCAGGAAUGAGUAGUCACUUAUCAACUAUAAGAAUCUUGGAAAUACUCACCAAAAUUCAAUCUUACUAUCCAGUUGACCCCCAACUCCUACUAUCCAUCAAAAAAUGGAUCCAAACUCGUCAGAAUCCUGAUGGUUCGUUUACACCGCUGGCCGCUGAUAAAGAAGUAGAUUACUAUCCAGUGGAAAUGAGGAAGGUGAAUGGAACAGAGCAAAAUGUGGAUGUGAACGAGUAUUAUUACUAUGACAAAGAUGGUAAUAUGACGCAGGAAGAGAUUGAUUGGGAGCGAAGAGUAGAGGUGACGGCAGAAACUUUGGUCGCGUUGCUUGAAGUUGGAGUUGAAAAUCAGAUGGACGCAGACGUAGCAACCAAGGCACAGACUUACUUGGAGAAGAAUCUUCACAAGUUGACAUCGCCUGCUGCCCUCGCUGCCUCGGUGUUAGCUCUUGUUCUUGCAAGAAGCCCAAUAGUACCAGAAGCUCUAACAAUUUUGAGAAAUGCCUCGACCACUGAGGAGGGAGAGUUUGGUUGGCCAACCCCGAGAAAAGACGCAGCUGACUGGUUGUUGGAGGAAACCUCGAGGAAUAUCAAGACAACUUCAUAUGAAGCAGUAACAAUGGAACAAUACGUAGCUGGCGUAAGAGUCCUGUUAGCAGCUUGUGCUAGAGGCGCUUUAGCCGAAGGUGAAGCAGCUGCAAGGUUCCUGUACUAUCGAGCGUCUACUCUUCAAAGACACCCUAGUUUAGCUUACAGCGCUACAAAAGCUGCAGCGCAAUAUGCUGCAUUGGCUCAUGAUAGGCACAGAGCACUAACAGUAUCCCUAGCAACAGCAGGCAUGGAACUGACGGACACACUAGAGCUGCGAGCUAAGACACCGCCGCGGCCUCUGCAACUACCCGGCCUGCCAACCAAAGUGUUCGUCUACGCUACUGGUGCCGGCUGUGCUACUGUGCAGGGCACCAUAACUUACUCGACAUACACUCCUAAGCCAGAGAACACAUUGCUGAACAUUCAAGCUGGUAUUAUUGAAGAGAUCAGACCUGAACGCAGCACUAUCGAAGACUUACAAGGAAACUUGCCCACUCUCAUCAUCAAGACUUGCUUCAAAUGGAAAGGCAAAGAGCGUUCCGGUAUUCUUCGCCUUGAGUCGUCCCUAUUCUCGGGCUAUGAGCUACACUCGGUCAAUCCUGUCGUACUAGAUGGUGCCACUUUCGCUGAUCUACACUACGGCUCUAGAGGAGAGUCUGUGUGGUUCGUGUUCGCUAAUAUCAGUUCAACGUGCCCAGUUUGUGUGACUUACGAGGCCAGAUCCAAGUUUGUCAUUACCAGCCUUCGUCCAGCUUUUGCCAAAAUCUAUCCUUCCACUCGUCCAGACUUAGCCGUCGAAACAUUCUUCCACGCGAGACCAGGUAGCCCACUACUUAGAGGUAUCACUGAUGAUGACUUUAUCACAUGGUUCGAUAAAACUGAACUGGCUAGCCUCAAAACUGCCGCCAAUAUUGACAACAUUUGCGAAUGUGGACGUAUUUGCAGCAGAGACUACGAAUUCCGAAAAGAAAUUAAGCAUCUCAAUGAAGAGCCGACUACUACUACAGAAACAUCAGAAACUACUUCGAAAAAAGGGGAGGAAGUGGCUACAACUGUCACUACAGCAAAACAAAUUAAUGAAGUAACAACUAAGAAAGUCAUAACGACCACACAAACAUCGACUACAUCGAAAAAUGACAUCACAACAGUAAAACCUACAUCAGUGGAAACUAAAUUAUCUCAAGAACCUAAAACGACUUUAAUAGUUUCUACAGAACCUGCCUCAGCUAUAGUACCUUAUACAGAACCCCUUAAAGUAGAAACAACUCACACUGAUGAUCCAAUAAUUGUACCAACUGCGACAUACGUUAACACAACCAACAAUCUUAAAAUCGAAAACGCUAUCGUCCCAACAGCCACAAAGUCUAAUGGCGAAUUAAUAGUGCAAAAAAUCCUAGUUGCUAAAGGUGUGCCAAAGAAAGAGGAUUUGAAGAAAAAGCCUCUUCCAAGAAGAAAAGGAACCUUAAAGGCUACUUAUGGCGACAAACAGGAGAAAUUCUUCGCAAAAAUUAAAGCUACUAAUGUUACGGAAUUAGCCACGAGUCAAACAGCUAGACCUGAAAAUAAAAAUAAGAUUCAGAAAAUAUUUAAAUCAGUGUCAAAGGAAACCUUUAUUCAACAAGAUCCAAUUAACAUUACUACAACUGAGACACCAAAAGACGUCGAACAGAUAAAACAGGCAAAAACGGUAAAAUCUAUGAAAGAACGAGUUGAACACUUGAGUUCUAAGACCUUUACCAAAGUGUCAGAAUCGUCGCAUAUUGCUCAUUCAGAAACAUCUUCUGUGCCUCAUACUAUAACAGCAAUCACAAACAGCAAUAUCAAAAACAUCCACUACCGAACAAAGAAACCAAAAGCUGCUACUCAAAUUAAGAAACCAGUUGUAAACAAUACACAAAGUGAUAUUAAAAGCGAAAAAACUGAGACACAUACUGAAGUGAAAGUUAAUAAAACGAAAUCAAAGAAUAUCAUACCCGAAAAGCACGCAUCAAAGACUUUAAAAUCAAUAAAUAAAGAGAUCCACAAAAUACCCCCGACGCCUAUAUCUGAAACUUCAAAAACUUUAGCUGAGGCGCCAAAAUCGGACAUUGCACCAGAAAACAAAGGUAGUUUUGAGAUAUUAGAUAAAAAUGGUCUUUGGGAGAUGCUCAAAGAAGGAUCCGGUGUUGAUUCUGCUAAGAUAGAAGACAAACUACAAGUACACAAUAGGUUAAUCCUCGCACAAAAUGUGUCAAAUGUAAACGACAAUCGAUCUUUAUAAACCUUAAUUGUUAUGUAAUGUGUAAGACACAAAGACUUCGGUAUAAAUAUUUUUGUAAACUCCAUGCCAUCUGUACUGAUUGUUAAUAAAUCCGACACAGCUAUUCCUAAAGCACAUUUUAUUGUUGAUUGUUAGAACGUAUUUGCACUACUUGUGUAUAUGUAUAAUUUAUUACCUAUAAGGAUAAUUAAUGAUUGUGUGUGUGCUGUAAAUAUUGUUGUAAGCUAUACUUUUAAUUAAACUUAAGAUGCGCGCUGUGACUACGAUGAUUAUGGUUGGUAUCGCACAUUUGCUCAAAGCCAAAGGUAAUUUGAGUUAUCCUAAGUUUUAGAAGUACCUAGUUAUGCCAAAGUAGUUUAGAGUAGAACUAAAUAAUAUUACGACCCUAAAUCCACUGCCUCUCGUAUUUGGGAUAAAUAAUAAUUUAAAUGAAUUUAGAAGAGUAACUUUACAAAAUUACAUAAAAUUUAUGAACAGUAUACUGACUGAAUUCUAACAUUAUACGAGGAUGGUGUUUGGCACUCAAAUUUACUAAUCCUGAUUGAAUAUUAUGAAUCAAUAUUAACCUACCACGUGUAUUAUAUUAUAAAACUAAACAAGUUCUCUAACGGUACUUGUAUAAGUACUAUUGGUCAAAUAAUAACUAUAAAAAGUCUUCGAUCUUUGAAAGUUAUGUAACUUUUAACGAGUCACAUUUUACCUGUUGUACAUUUUAGAUCAAGCAUUUACUUCCUAUCCUAUAUCUUACUCUACCUUAUUUAUAUGUCAUUCCUAUUUAGUAGUGAUGGUAGCCCUUUGUUUUAGAUGUAGCUUUGUAAAUACCCUGAUACUUGCCAAAACGUAUUUGUAAGUCUAAGCCCUAUUAUUUUAGAAUAUUUACCUUCUAGAGUUAGAUUUUAGUGUUAGGGUAAUGUAAUGCUAAAGCCCCAGAAUUUCCAUCCGUCUAAUCUAUCUUCUGUAUCUAUGUAAAGUGUAGUUUCUUACCUUUAGGCUGUCUAUAUGUAUUUGGUUCUAUCGAGGUAGUAUAUCAGUAACCUUACCAACUAGAAUCUUUAGUCUUUCACAAAUUUCUUCUACCACAACAACACCCAACCAACAACCUACAACCUUUAUUUAUAGGUAUUCUACCAA